CUUUCCGAUCCCGAUCAAAAUUAUUUCCCCCCCCAGCUUGUAUCUGUUUUAUGUUUACAAUAUUCAGAAUAUUGAUAGUAGAAUAGUUUAUUGCAGUACUGGGACCAUACUAAUCAAUAUUGCAGACUUCUGAAGAUGAAAAAUUCAAUUACUUUGAAAAUAUGAUCGGGAUCGAGAGUUUUCAGUUCAUCGAUACUUUUGCAGUUUGGGGAAAUUUCAGUCCUAAUUUGUGUUUUUUCGAAGAUGCGAUUUUUCCAAAACAAGCUUGCAGAUUUUGUUCCAGAGAAGCCUGUAUCUAUAGAUAAAUCCAAAUGGCAUGACAAUGUUGUUGCUAUUGUUAAAACGAUAGUAGAACGGAUGCCCCCGGAUCCCAGCACCUGCUCUGACGGGCUGUAUGUCGGGAACUUGGGGGUGGGCUACAUGCUAUAUUACUUAGCUACCCAUGAAUCCUUCCAGAAUGAAAGACAGGAAUACCUGGAACAGGCUUUUGUGUAUGCCAAAGUGAACUCGGAGUACAUCGGGCGUGGGGGGAUGAAGAGCUCUCCUCCCUCCUCUUUCAUUUUGGGACAGGCUGGUGUGUGGGCACUCAACAGUAUGUUGUUCAAGACAGUAGGUGACGAAAAGAGCUCCGAUCGAUAUAGUGCUCAGUAUGCACAGCUAUCUGAAUAUUGUAAAAAGAUUGACUUCUUUGGCAGAAAUGGUUCUGAUGAACUCUUUGUUGGGAGGGCUGGAUAUUUGUCUGGCAUUUUGGCACUGCAGCAGAAAAUAGGUAAAAAGGUUGUGGGAGAUGAUAUUUUAACAGCUCUUUGGAGAACCACUGUUGCAUCUGGUAGAAAAGGUGCAGAAAAGCAGAGAUCAAGUCCCAAGUCAACCUUGAUGUACUCUUACUAUAACACAGAAUAUCUAGGUGCUGCCCAUGGUUUGUCCUCCAUCCUUCAGAUGCUCUUAAGCUUCCCCGAGAUCCUGAAGUCUGACCCAGCUGCUGAACAGGAUAUCCGUAAAUCUGUGGAUUUCAUGCUAGGUCUAGAACAGAAUGGUAACUAUCCCCCAGCUAUGGAUGAAGUAGAUCCGAAUCACAGACGUCCAGAGGACCAGGAACUAGUGCACUGGUGUCACGGAGCUCCAGGUGUGGUUUACCUGUUUGCCCGUGCCUACAAAGUAUGGGGCGACCAGAAAUACCUGGAUGCUUGCUUACGCUGUGGAGAGGUCACCUGGGCUAGAGGUCUGUUGAAGAAAGGCCCGGGUAUUUGUCACGGCGUGGCGGGGAGUGGCUUUGUGUUUCUCCUCCUUUAUCGCCUUACUGGCGACCAUCGGCAUCUCCACCGUGCCCAGCAGUUUGCCGAGUUUUUGUUUACUGAGGAGUUUCAGCGCGGAGCCCGAGUCCCCGAUGCCCCGUUCAGUUUAUAUGAAGGACAUGCAGGGACUGUGUGCUUUCUGGCCGACUUGACACAACCGGAUAAAGCCGAAUUCCCCCUCUUCAAUGUCAUCUUUUGAAAGAUUGUACUUUGCAAUUGAUUUUCCCUUUCACUUCUGUGAAACUGGACAUAAGAGUGACAGAGCAACAGCUGCCAGCAGUUCGGAAUAUUCAGUGAAAGUAUUGUACAAGGAAUCUCAUUGGCUGAAACUAACGAUGUGAAUUUCAUCGAUUCAGUCAUUGGCUGAAACUAACGAUGUGAAUUUCAUCGAUUCAGUAUCUUAAUCAGUAAGACAGCUGACUGGAUAUUUUGUGGCACAAGAUGUUAAUUUCAAGCUUGUUAUGUUGUUUUACGUUAUUUUGUUAUGAAUUAAUCUGAAUAAAAACAUUACAGUAGUC